AUGUCGAAGGAUGCGAAACACGUUAUUGCUGUGACCAAAUCGACUUCCCCCCAUGCUUACGACUUCUGCCCCUUCGACGAUACGCAGUUCCGUCAAGUCGAGCCCUCGACUGUCGUGGCCACAUGGGCGCCUCUCCCUGGCUACUCAAUCCUGCCGCACGUCCCGGAUUCCAAGACGCAGAAGCAUCGAGAGGAGAAGGAGCCAAAGAACAUCUCGAUGAGGAAGGGUAAAUUGAGCCAUAGGGUAUGUCUCUGGGAGUAG